ACAAAGGAAGCCGGUCACAAUUCAUAGUGCCUUAGCAUCUUCAAAUCUUCUGUCAUCAUCGCCCAAGAAUCACCAUGAAGCUGUUGGGGCUAGUACUGGCUACGCUGAGCAUAGCUGCGGCGCAGAGGGGACAAUACAGCAACCUGCAGACCGUACCCAUCAUUCAGUACAACAACGAAGUUAACUAUGAUGGCACCUACAGAUACAAUUACGAGACAGGAAACGGUAUCGUUGUCCAGGAGCAAGGUUAUCUGAAGAAUCCUGGGCAGAAGGACCUGGAAGCACAGGUUGCAACAGGAUCAUUCUCGUACACAGGUCCUGACGGAGUCCUCUAUACCGUCACAUACACGGCCGAUGAAAACGGAUUCCGUGCCGAAGGUGCUCAUCUACCAACUCCUCCUCCUAUUCCAGAGGCCAUCGCCCGCUCUCUGAACCUACAACAGCAGCCUCAACGCCCAGGUCCCAACAGGUACUUUAGGAAAUAAGACCAUUAUUUCACCGUCCCUUCUUUAUAUGGAUACCAACAGGAACACCGCACGUCGUAAGGUCUACUGGUAAACUUUAGCAAGGCAGAGACUAUGUACAAACAUUUCCUUUAUCGUCGUGUCAGGGAGUAAUAUUUCUGCUUACAUUUCUUACCACAAUGCAAGGUUUAUAUAAGUUAUAUUAAAUUCCUACGCCUCAGCCAUUAGUAUGUAGCACACAUCAUCAAUGAUGGUUGUAAUCAGGGAUCUAUAAUAUGAUGAGAUUCAUUGUAAGUAGCUCCGAAAAAUGAUGUGUGUACAUAACGUGUGUGGUAAGCUUCUGCAUAACGUACAUAAAUCAUUUCUGAGAAUGUGGCUAACUUACUGUGAUACGUAAUUGUGUUAACUACAUGCACAAACUGCCACGUUUUUGUAUCACUGAGCUGUGUUACUGUCUAGAUCAGAAGUCGACAACCAUUCUUGGGUGAGUAAAUUAGGAUAUUACAAUUCAAAACUGGAACCAUAAGCCUGUACAAAAAAGUGUCUGAUUAAACACACUACUUUCAUAUUUCUUAAUCCUGUAUCAAAUAUACGAUACCGUCUGGCGUAAAAAGCGACCCUUCUACUUCCCCAUCAGCUGCUGACGUCAGAAUUCACACAAGCGCCUCGGUGGCCGUGGGCAAACUGUUCCCUGGUCUAGACGUACCGCUUCUGAGGGUACAUCGAGCUAAAUUUCCCUGAAAUCAACGCCGUGUGCGACAGCGGCAGCGGUUCUACCGUACCGCACGGUUGAGUUACAGUAACAUAAAGUUACACAGACUGUAUUUCACGCUGUAUAAAUUUAUAACCUUGUAUCGUGUCGUACCGCUGUCGGAUCCCACGUGCCACGUUGGUUCCAGAGAACUUACAGGAUAAGUUUCUAUUUUUGAGUGUGUUCUUCUGUUUCCAGAGUGAUUUUGUUUUGUUUUAUAGAAUAAAUAUUUAGCUUCUAUUAAGUAGUGUGUAUUAUGAUAAGCAUAUUUAUGUAACUUUCUGUUUUCAUCUUGUAUAUUUAUAUAUUCAUUUUGUGCAAUAAAUACCUUUAUACGUGGUACAAA